AUGUCGUCUGACGCACUUCCCAUCGGCACCGCAGCGUUUGCGGCGGCACUUGAAGCACUUCCACUCUCAACCCUCCACCUCAAGGCAGCAGAGCUGCGCAACUCCCUCGCCCACCUCGAAUACUCAAACGCACAGCUGGAGCCCUAUGCACGUCCACCAACAGGUCAGGAGCCGGAUAUCGUAUGCGUCGAAGCAAUCGCGGAAAAUGCCAUCGUGAUGGAACGUAUCAGGGAGCGGUUGGCGCUGCUACGACAGGAAGCGGAGAAAAGGGGCCUGGGAUGGGGAGAGUUUGUCGGAGAAGACGAGAUUGACCUGUUGGGCGGAGAGAAUGGAGAAUCUGGAGCUGGACGGGCAGCUGCGACGGGCUCUUCGCCGGAGGAAUUAACAGCGCGGGAAAGCGAAGAAUUGAGGACCCUGCAAGGGAUGCUUGCAAGACGUGAGAGCGGUUCCACGGAGCGUGUGAGUAAUGAUUCUACUAGGGCACACUCGGCAUGGACGGAUGGUACGUUUCAAACAGGUCGGAUUACCAAUGGUGUUCUGGCAAUGGACGACGACAUCACCAGUGUGCAAGGAGCUAUACAAAGCGCGGGAAACAACACGACUGGUACAGCCACGAAUGGAACAAAUGGCGCGAAUGGUGCGGAGGGUGCAGGUGGCGCAAAUACAGGUCGAGGGGGCACGUUGUCAGACGAGGAGCUUAGGAGGAGAUUGGAAGAGAGGCUGACCACUGAAGAUGAUGGAAGCUUGUAUCUAUGA